UAGGCUUAACUGAGGUGUCACUCAGUGGGAGUAAUUAUUUAUAAUAUAUCAUACAUAUAACAAUAGUUAUUUGUACUAUUUUCUGUACGAUUAGUAGCACCUUCUAGCAGUCAUUUGCAUUGUAUAGACCUUAUCUUAUCUAAACCAGAUUGGUUUAUCAACAAUCAAAGCCACUCUUUUCCGGUUAUAAUGGUUUACAUAUUUAAAGCCACAUACAAGUAAAGACCAGUUGAAGUUAAAUAAGUAAAGGUUACACACAAUUAGCCUAGUUGUUUAAUGGGGUCUGUCAGCUAUGGUUUUGGGAAAGAAAAUAAGAGAGUUAACAAUCCCAAUCAAGUUUAUUACAAAAGUUCAUUUUAAUUUAGAUUUAAUCAAAGACUAAGCUUAAAUGACUUUGUCUUUUGAUACUUUAUAAUAUAGUUGUAGCUAAAACCCAUGCUGUGUUUGCUUUCCAUAAAAUGGGUCGGCACGGUUGUAAUCCGUCUUUGCUGGACCACUUAAAUGACUGAGGAAUUAUAGUAAAGGCCAUUUUAAUCUCAUGAAAGGCAGUUGGUCAAAUUCUCCGGCUGCUUUAAAUCCUCUCCUUUUAUAGAAUCUGGAGCAUGUGACCACAAUCUAAGCAGUUAUUGUGUAAGCUUCUCGUUGUAUGAAGGAGGUUUUAGAUGUUUGCUCAAGGAUCGCCUAAAAUAUUCCCAAGGGGAUGUCUAUUCAUAAAGGUGGCAUAAAACUCCGCUGACUGUCUUCCUGUUGAACUCUACAGUCAGUUUUUCCCUGACAUUCCUCCACAUGUGAGUUUUUUUUUUUUUUUUGAAUCAUCAACUCGCAGAAGGAAGCAUAUUUUCUUCUCGACUUUCACUUCUCUAACAAGUUCCAGAAGAACAGAUCGUCUGCUUUUUGUCCUGCGUUGGGUUUCUUUUCGCUGCUUUUGGAUUUUAAGCAUUUAAUUUCAGAACAAAUGUGUAACGCAACGCACGAGGCUGCACUUUGUGCCAUAAAAUUGCAUCCGAUGUGGCAGGAGCCGCUCGCCGUUCCCGGAGGAGAUCGGCAGUCACCAGUUGACAUUGUGGUGCGUGAAAGCAUCUUUGAUCCGCAGCUCAGACCCCUGAAGGUUCAGUAUGACCCGAGAACCUGCCAGCAGAUCUGGAAUAAUGGCUACUCUUUUCUGGUCGAGUAUGACGACACCACUGACAAAUCCACUCUGAAAGGAGGACCACUGGAGGAUCAGUUCAGACUAUGCCAGUUUCAUUUUCACUGGGGGGAGAACAACACCUGGGGCUCGGAACACUCCAUAGACCGCCGCCUUUACCCUGCUGAGCUCCAUCUUGUUCACUGGAACUCUGACAAGUACAGUCUGUUUGAGGAGUCUGUUAUUGAGGAGAAUGGACUAGCUGUGAUCGCAGUCUUUCUGAAGGUUGGAAAGAGACACGAGGGUCUGCAGAAACUGGUGGAUGCCUUGCCUGCAGUCAGGCACAAGGACAGCGUGGUAGAGUUCACCAAGUUCGAUCCUGCUUGUCUCCUCCCAGAAAAUAUCAAUGACUAUUGGACAUACGCAGGCUCUCUGACCACUCCUCCUCUUACUGAGGCGGUGACAUGGAUCGUGAUGAAACAGCACAUUGAAGUCAGUCAUGAUCAGUUAGCUGUGUUUCGAAGCUUGCUGUUCACAUCGGCGGAGGAACAGUUGCAGAGAAGUAUGGUCAACAACUUCCGUGUCCAGCAGGCUUUGAAAGGACGGACUGUCCGCUCUUCUUUUACCCCCUUCCUCCAAGAUGCUCCCCCAGUGAUGUAGCAACAAAACUCAGUGACCUAAUUCACAUCUUAACCUCCAAAACACGCACAACCUCAUCAGUCACUUUUUAUUACGGAGAGCUGAUAUCCAAUAAGGACUUGGACUGGAUUUUGUCAAAUGUUUUCACCAUUUCCAAACAGGCAUUUUGGGAUAGAUUGGAGAUAUUCUGUUGAAAGAGAUUAACAAAGAUAUAGUUUAGUUAUUAAAGGGCCUGUUUACCCUCUGACAAAAGGUUCAUGCAAUUCAUCGUCAUUUCGCUGUGUUUGUAAAGUACUGAAAUCAAUGCUAGAAUUCAGGUACUUCUAAUUUCAGUAGAAAACACAUUUUCUCUCAAUAUAGUGGCAAAGGGUAUGACAAACUGCUUAUUCUUGUGGAUAACUGACAGAAUGCUAAUAGGGGCGUUUGGUGGGUGGGUGGGUUUGAGUGGUAUUCGGUAGUUUUAGUUUAGUGGAACACUUACCUUGUUUGCUGCGAGGGAAUUUAUUGUAUGCAUGAAACUGCACAAUGCCUUUCAUUUUUGAUUGGUUUUUAAAUGUUAAAAUUUCACAUUAUUUCAGUACAGAGACCAUUUUAAGGCUACAUUUCAAUAUUGCAGUAUAAAUAAGACUAGAAAUAUAGUCUUCAUGAAAGGUUCCCUAGAUAUUUAGAGAUGUGAAAGGAAGAUUAGAUUAAUACGCACAAAUGUUUAGUGAAGAAGAUGCAUUACUGUACUUGCUGUGUACAUCAGAUUGGUAUAGAAUAAGUCAUCAUCCCUAGUGCCUUUUCAUUGUCUUUUCAAUCUGAUCAACUACAAUCAAGUGGUGGCCAUAAUUGCCUUCUGGCAAAAUGUGUGCCUCCAGUACAAAUCUCUCACAGUCUUUCUCGUUCUCAUCCAUUAAGCUUGUGAUUGCAAACGUUCAUCUGUGGAUAUUUAAAGUGUAUUUAGUGUUGGUGACUUAAAAAAAAAAAAAAAAAAGAGAAACUUGUUUAGUCUCUAUGUCUUGUAAAAUGUAUUUGGGAGCACCUGGAUGUUUCUUUCCAUUCUAUGUCAUAAAAUACAUUGUUUCUCAACUAGAGGCGUAUAUGAGACUAGAUGCAUUGUAGAAAUGAGACCUUUUCUAAGACCAAUUGAUUGUUAUAGUUCAAUCUUGGUGCAUUCCUUUUUCCUUUAAACAUGAUGUAAAUGGCAAUAAGAAUAUAACCGUUAAAAUGGGACACUAAGAUUGUUUGUAACAACCAGGACCUCUGGUAUGCAUCUGCAAAUGAAUUGUGCAUUUACAUCAUGGCGAGGUUUUUGCAUUGAUGGUAAUAUUUACAAGAACAUCAAUGUUCAAUUAAUGGUCCGAGUAAGUGCGGAAACAUCCAGAGGUUCAACAUCCGGCUUUAUAACUGCCAAGAGGCGCUGGUCUCUUUGUGAUGGCUGAAUAACAAUGUUCUUGUAUAAACUGUCCCUGAAGUGCCCUCUCAUUUGAAUGGGCCACCUUGGUUUUCUCUCUGUUGGGUUCGUGGUUGAAAUUCAGAGUGAUACUAACUAGACUGAAAAGCUGGAUUUGCACUGUACAAACAAUAGGUUACAGGGAGACCAGGAUCCAUUCCCUACACCAGCCCAAGUCUUCAGCUACUGUCAGUGUAGUGAACAUUCCUCCACAUCUGGAACAACGUUUUCUCAUUGAAGCAAAGUUCAGUAGUGUGUGAAAACACCUUUAAUUGUUUGAAUUUGAAUUAUGUAGUGCAUGAAUUAUAGUUUGAGGUUUUGUGACAUUCUAACUUUUUUGCUGUAAUGGGUUGGCAUGAGGGACAUGGAUUUGUAUUUUUCCCCCCUCCACACACUUUUGGUAUGAUUUGGCUCUAUUUUGUACUUUUUAAGUAGGUUAAGGCCUUCUACUUUUAAGGGAAAACAAUAAUCAGUUUAACAAGACUGCAUUUGUUUUAUAGGCAGUCCCAUCCUUCACUUAUCAUUUUCAGUCAUUUUCAUAACGGUCUCUUAUGCUGCCUAAUAUAAUAUAUAUUUUAUGAUGCAAAUGUAUGCAAACCUUUCAUAUAAUUUUUUUGUUGUGUGUAAAUUUUGUAUGUUCUUCAUUUGUUUCGUGGGAUAUUGUAGGAAACCAUUUUUGGUUGAUUUAGUUUUGUUUUACUUUGGGGUGGACACAAGCAUGUGCCCUUGGGAUUUCAGCAUUAAGAGGGUGGUGCCAGAGGUUUAUGGAGGCCCCAUCCCAGCAAGUGUUGUUUCACCAGGUGCUGGUUAGGUCCGGAUCAGCUGCAAUAAAAAAAGAAUGCAUGUUUUGGCGGACUUAGCAAAGGGGGAGCCUAUAGAUCCAGGGGUGAACAUCAACAACUGCACAAUGUAACUACUCAUUCAUGCUGUCUGACAUAUGUAUUAACAUUUUAAUGUGUAAAAAACUUAAAUAAAAUCUUUGAUGGGUUACUGUGAAA